ACUUUAUCAAUCGCAACAAAUUCAAUUGUUUCCUUCUAUUUGUUGUUUAAAUUUUUGUAUUGAUUUUAAUAGUAUCAAUAAAAACAAAUAGAAACAGUUUAAUAAUUAUAGCGCUGAAUAUAUAUAAAAUAAUUUCAUGUGCAACGGAACGCCAUACUUUUAAAAAUGUCGUUCUUGGUGAAUGUUUUGCUGCGAAAAAGUGCUAAUUUAGGGAAUUCAAAAGCCUUAUUAGCGAAUCUUCCGGCAUUAUAUAAUGUGAACUCUCAGCGUGAAGCUCACAGAUGGAUGCCCGACGAAAGCUUCAUCAAGCAAUUUCAGGGUGCUGUCAUGUACCCUGAAGGCGUUACAGCUCUUUUGAAACACCCACCAUAUAACAGCAUCGUCACGCCAGCAGAAAAAAAUGUCCGCAAUAUGCUUCUCAACUUCGGACCACAGCAUCCCGCUGCUCACGGUGUGCUCCGUCUCGUAAUGGAGCUCGAUGGUGAGACGGUACGCGGCGCUGAUCCCCACAUUGGUCUCCUCCACCGCGGCACGGAAAAGCUGAUCGAAUACAAGACGUACACCCAGGCGUUGCCUUACUUCGACCGUCUCGACUAUGUAUCUAUGAUGUGUAAUGAACAAUGCUACAGCUUAGCGGUUGAAAAACUCCUGAAUAUUGAUAUACCAUUGAGGGCGAAGUAUAUAAGAACCCUGUUCGCGGAGAUCACUCGCCUGCUGAACCACAUAAUGGCGGUGGGCACGCACGCGCUGGACGUGGGCGCGCUGACGCCGUUCUUCUGGCUGUUCGAGGAGCGCGAGAAGAUGAUGGAGUUCUACGAGCGCGUCAGCGGCGCCAGGAUGCACGCCGCCUACAUCCGGCCCGGGGGGGUGUUUCUGGACAUGCCGCUGGGCCUGAUGGACGACAUAUACGAGUUCGCGAGCAAGUUCGCCGAGCGGCUCGACGAGGUGGAGGACGUGCUGACCACCAACCGCAUCUGGGUGCAGCGCACCAAGGACGUGGGCGUGGUCACCGCGCAGGACGCGCUCAACUACGGGUUCAGCGGCGUGAUGCUCCGCGGUUCGGGCAUCAAGUGGGACCUGCGCAAGAGUCAGCCCUACGACGCCUACCACCUGGUGGACUUCGAUGUACCGAUCGGCACCCACGGGGACUGCUACGAUAGGUACUUGAUUCGAGUCGAAGAAAUGCGGCAGAGUCUCCGCAUCAUCGAGCAGUGCCUCAACCAGAUGCCGCCCGGGGAGGUGAAGACGGACGACGCCAAGCUGACGCCGCCGUCGCGCGAGGAGAUGAAGACUUCAAUGGAGGCGCUGAUCCACCACUUCAAGCUAUUCACUCAAGGCUACGCCGUCCCCCCCGGGGCCACCUACACCGCCGUGGAGGCGCCCAAGGGAGAGUUCGCCGUGUACCUCGUGUCCGACGGCAGCUCCAAGCCAUACCGAUGCAAGAUAAAGGCGCCAGGGUUCGCUCAUCUCGCGGCGCUCGAGAAAAUCGGGAAGAAUUCCAUGUUGGCCGACAUUGUGGCCAUCAUCGGGACCUUGGACAUCGUGUUUGGGGAGAUCGAUCGAUAAACACAUACGAAAAUAUUUAAAUAUACAUAUAUACAUGUAUGUAUAUAUAUUUACAUAGAUAGUUUUAAAGUAUACCAUUCGAUUAUAAUAAAUCCAUCGUGAUUGUCAAAUUUUCACAAAACCCUAAUAAAUUAUACAUAUAAACUUUCGUUAUGAAUCACUUCGUCCAUUGGUGAAAACCGUAUGAAAAUCGGUUCAGUAGUUUUCAAGCUUAUCGCGGUCAGACAGACAUACGCGGGGAGGAUUUUGUUUUUAUAAUAUAUAGUAAUCAUAGAAUGGUUUUUAUAAUUAUCUUAUAAUAUUCUACAUAGUGUAGUAAGAUUUCAUUGGAUUUUUUUAAGAUUUUUUUUUCUCAUAUUAAAAAAAUACAAAUAUUUAAGUUUCUAAUAACAGUAUUUCAAUUUUGUUAAACAUAUAUAUAAAUAUAUACCAAUAGAUUAUAUAAUACUAUGCUAACCUGUGUAGUUUGAAAUUGCCUCUUGUAUUUAUUUAUUGUAUUAAAAAUUAAUUAUUAUUAGUAUUUGUAUUUUACUGGUGGUAGGGCUCUGUGCUAGCUCGUCUGGGUAGGUACCACCCACUCAUCAGAUAUUCUACCGCAAAACAGCAGUACUUGUUAUUGUUAUGUUCCGGUUUGAAGGGUGAGUGAGCCAGUGUAAUUACAGACACAAGGGACAUAAAAUCUUAGUUCCCAAGGUUGGUGGCGCAUUGGCUGUAUAAGCGAUGGUUGACAUUUCUUACAAUGCCAAUGUCUAAGGGCGUUUGGUGACCACUUACCAUCAGGUGGCCCAUAUGCUCGUCCGCCUUCCUAUUCCUAUUCUAUAAAAUAUCUCAAUAUUUAAUAUAUAUAAUUUAUUAAUAUGAUUCGAUAAAUAUGACAUUAGUAAUUGUAUCCCUUUAAGGGUUGAAUUAUAUAAAAAAACAACCCUCAAAACCAAUGUAGUAAUUUUAAGUUACAUUUAGAUUAUUUAAUAGGCUUAAAAUAAAAACGUGUUUAUUUUAAAUGUAUAAUAAAAAUUAAAUUGUACAUAAAUUAAAAAAAUGUUAAGUUUGAAGCGAUUUGGACCGUAACUGUAUUUAUUUGAAGCAAUAUUAUUUGAUUCAGUAAAAGCUUCAUUUUUUUUCCAAAUCUUCCCAAAUUUAGGCCGGUUGGCGUGGUUGGUAGAUGCCUACCUUUCACGCCGAAGGUUGUGGGUUCCAUUCCCACCCAGAACAAACAUUUGUGUGCAUGAACAUGUCUGUUUGUCCAGAGUCUGGAUGUAAUUAUCUAUAUAAGUAUGUAUUUACAAAAGAAAAAUAGUAUAUGUAGUAUAUCAGUUGUCUGGUUUCCAUAGUACGAGCUCUGGUUAGUUUGGGAUCAGAUGACCGUGUGUGAAUAAUGUCCCAGGAUAUUAUUAUUAUUUUUGAUCAACUCAAAACGAUUUAGCGUUUGAAAUGUUUUAUAAAUCUGACCUCGAAUAUUUAAUUAGUUCGUGAUAAUCAAUGUGUAUCUAGAAACCCUAUGGAAUUAAAUAUAUUCAAUCAAUGGA